UGAACGCGACUGCUGACGGGUGAACGGUUGUUUGGACCGAAAUUUGUAAUCUGUUUUUACGUUUAUUAUCAUUAUUAUACAUACAUACGUAUAUAUGUGUAUGUUUUCUUUGUGAUGGUGGUACGAAUUUUAUAAAUACCGAAUAUGUGCAUUUAAAACAAUUUGUUAUUUAGUUACAAUUUGGAGACGAAAUCUUUUAUUAACGCACAACCAAACACCCAUCAGUACCAGCGACAGCCCGGCUUGUGAAGCCUACGGCAGUAAGGCGCAGUUUUUGCUGUUUUUGCAGUUCUUUAUUAAUCACCCUGGAGAAUACGAGGUAUACACCUAUAACUAUACAACGAAAAAAAAUGACGCAACCGGAAUGGGGAAUAAAAUUUUCAAGGUUUUUCUUUGUACCACAGCGCGUGAUCCUGUCGAUCAUGGGCUUCUUCGCCAUGCUUAACGCAUAUACGAUGCGUGUUUCUUUGUCGGUGGCCAUUACCGAGCUGGUGGUGAAGAAGAAUCAGACAGAUGAUGGCAGUGAUGUGGCCAUAUGUGCAGCCGAUAGCAUAGAUUCAGGAUCAAGUUCUGGCGGUACAUACGACUGGUCGGAGGAAUUACAGGGUUACAUCCUAUCAUCCUUCUACAUUGGUUACAUCGUGACGCAUAUACCUGGUGGUCUAUUGGCUGAGAAAUUUGGUGGUAAAUGGACGCUCAGUCUGGGUAUACUUUCAACGGCAUUCUUCACCGUGAUUACGCCACUUGCCAUUAUUAAUGGUGGCGCCAAUUGGCUCAUCAUUGUGCGUAUUUUGAUGGGUAUUGGUGAGGGUACCACUUUCCCGGCAUUGAGUGUACUCUUGGCACAAUGGGUACCGGUGAAGGAGCGCGGCAAAUUGGGUGCACUCGUAUUGGGUGGUGGACAAGUGGGCACAAUUUUGGGUAAUCUUUUAUCUGGUCUAUUGCUGGAUGCUUACGACUGGCCUGUGGUAUUCUACUUCUUCGGUGGCAUCGGUAUUAUAUGGUUCAUUAUCUUUACGUUCCUCUGCUACAGCGAUCCGACAACACAUCCAUUCAUUAAGCCCAGCGAAAAGGAAUAUCUUACCAAGCAUAUGGGUACAAUUGGACGCAACAAGAAUCUGCCACCCACACCAUGGAAAGCUAUAUUGACCAGUUUGCCAAUGUGGGCAUUGAUCUCUGCACAAAUCGGUCACGAUUGGGGCUUCUAUAUUAUGGUUACAGAUUUGCCCAAAUACAUGUCCGAUGUUUUGCGAUUCUCCAUCAAAUCUAACGGUCUAUACUCUUCGCUGCCAUACGUCAUGAUGUGGCUCUUUUCACUGGGUUCAGGCUUCGUUGGUGAUGUGUUGAUUACACGCAAGAUUAUGAGCAUCACGAACGUACGUAAAAUGAUGACUGGUUUAGCUGCCUUUGGUCCAGCGAUCUUUAUGGUUGCCGCUUCAUACGCUGGUUGUGAUCGUGUCACAGUCGUCAUACUUUUCACCAUUGCCAUGGGUCUCAUGGGCGCUUUCUAUGCGGGUAUGAAGCUGACACCACUUGACAUGAGCCCCAACUAUGCGGGUACAUUGAUGGCGAUCACCAACGGGAUUGGUGCGGUUACGGGUGUGAUUUCGCCAUCCUUGGUGGGCUUGAUGACACCAAAUGCUACACUGCUCGAAUGGCGUCUCGUGUUCUGGGUUGCCUUCGGUGUUCUCGUCGUCACUGCCAUUGUCUAUGUUAUCUGGGCGUCGGGUGAAGUGCAGCAUUUCAACGAUCCACCACAAAAGAUUGAUUUCGAAGCUGCAGAGAAGGAGAAAACAGCUGAUGGCGCAAAUAACGAACGUUAUGAAGCGCAAGAGAAAACCGAUAAGCUGUGAAGACUGUAAAUAUUGUGCACGUGCGCCGCUGUCUAGCGUCAAGUGAUUUGUUGCUAGCCAAACGAAAACACGUGGAUGCCGAAAAGCUGCCUGCUCAUCUGUGGAUGAAAAGAAAGAAUUUAGAAACAAACAAAGAAAAACAAAAGCAGAUUCUAAAGUAUUUAUUGUAAUAAUAAUUUAAGCGGAAAAAACAAAACACAACCAAACAACAACAACAACAAGACAACGGAACUUAAAAUAAGGCAAAAACAAGUAGGAAAAUAUACAUAUAUACAUAUGUGUCUAUGUAUGUUAUUGAAAAUUGCAAACAAAUAAUUAAUUGUUUUUCCUUUAUCGAAGCAUACAAAUUCCUUGUUUUUGCUAAGUUGUUUAGUGUACACCCAAAGAUACAUUUAGCUAUAUGUGUAUGUAUGUAUGAGUAGUUGAUUAAAUAAUGUAAUCGUUAUUAUUUGUUUUGCAUAUUUUCCUUAUUUGAAUUAGUGAAUAAUGUAUGUAUUUAGAACGGUAUUGAACUUAACGCUUGUAAACAAAAAACAAAACCAGUACUGCGUUUUCCCUUGUGAUUGCACUUUACUCGCAUUGCGGCUAUUUUUUUUUUAAUAUUUUGUUUUUUUAAUAUUUACUAAAAACAAACAAGAAAAUUAUACGCAUUAAUGCACAUACGUAUGUAUGUAUGUAUAUUUACAUUUUAAUAAGCAAUAAAAAAGUGUACAAGAUCAAGAAAAUUAGCCCAAAAAAAUGGUUUUCCAUGUGCGUGCGCACUUAAGAUCCAUACUUAUGCUAUUACUUAAGUGCACUGUCAAAUGCAAAUAACAACAAAUAAAAAAUUAAAAUAAAAAUAAAUAAAACAAAAUUAAAAUUAAAAAAAAAAACCAAGAUAAAAUGCUGAUAUGCAUGAGAUGUAAAUGAUGGAAUUUUUCCUAUUAUCUUCUGGUUAAUUAAUUAUUAAUUUCCAAUAACUCGCCUUGUAUAUUUGAGUAUUUCAUAUUCCGCGUUUAGUACUGUCGCCGUAAGCAGAUGCACACGAACUUAACUGUAACUGUCACUUUAAUUGUAAAUUCUUUCAAUUACAUAUAAGCCAUAUACUAUGUAGAUAAACACCCACAUACCCACAUACCUAUAUUUUAUUGCAAAUAGAACGAAAAUUGAUGCAAAUGCUAAAAGGACCUAGUGAACUGCUACAACAACACUAACAACACCCAAUUUGCCUUAAUAUCCACUGGUGCGAAUUUUAAUUACAUACGCAUACAUAUGUAUAUGAAUGUAUGUGCAUUUGUACAUGUGUAUGUGUGUACACAUGCAUACGAUUUUGUAAUUUUUGAUACUACACCCAUAUUGUCGUGGCAUUAAGGUUAUACUGCUGCCGUAGAGUGCGUACGAGUGCAUGCAUACAUACAUACAUACAUACCUAGGCAUACAUAUUAUAUAAUAUUAAUGACAAUAUUACACUGAAAUUGAUAUGUGCAUUGUUAUGUAGUUGUAAUUAAUAUUACUUGUAAAAUAUUAAUUGUAAAGUUAUGCGAAUUUAAUUUCAAUAAAACGAUAAAUAAAAUAAUCUAAAA